AUGCCUCCUCCGGUGGAAGAUCUUUCGGACGGCGAGUCCACCGGCGAGUCCAUUCCUUACAACGACGCCGAUCAUCAGAUGGAUGCCGCUGGCGAUGAGAAGGAGGAAGAUGCGAAGGAGGAAGAUGCGAAGGAGGAAGAUGAGAAAGACAAAGAGAAAGAGAAUAAGAAUGAGAACGAGACUGAUGAAGGACUCUACGUUGUUGAGAAGAUUAUGGGUCACGAGUUCGCAAAGGACGGCAAACUCCUACUUCAGGUGAAGUGGCGCGACUACGAGGAUCCAGCAGAUCAGACUCUUGAACCGGAAGAAAACCUUCUGGAGGGCGCAAAGGAAGUUCUCGAGGAAUAUUAUAGCUCCCAAGGAGGCCGACCCGAGAGGCCAGCCGCAGUCCGAAAGCGAAAGUCCAUGGGAGGUGCCAAGGCGACACCCGACAAGAAAGAGACCCCCAAGCGGCGAAGACGGUCAGCAGUACCAGAUACCGCCGCCAGCACUGAGACCCCAGAAGAGAGCGAGGUACCCGAUUGGGUGCCCAAGUCGAAGAGCUGGGAGAACGACGUGAAGAAAGUUGAUACCAUCAUCCGAGAUCCCAAGACAAACUCCCUGAUCGCAUUCCUGCACUGGACCAACGACAAGACGUCCAAGGUUUCCAUUGAGACAUGCUAUGAAAAAUGUCCAAGGAAGGCAAGUCUUUUUCUGCCCAUGCACGUCUCAUCAACGUCUCACGAACGUGGGAUAACCGCUAUAUAG